AUGGUGGUGAUUAUAACAUCCUUGGGGUCAGCCACAGGCCUGGUGAGCCUGCAGCUGUGGGUCCAGCAGCCUUCCCAAGAACGAGCAGCCACCUCUCUGUUCGGGCUCUUGUGCUGCCUUGCCCCUUGCGCCGUGCUGGUGCGCAACUGUGUGCAUGACUGCCCGGCGAACUGGGAGAGUGAUCUAGUGCAAAAUACAUUUAUAGAUACAAAACUGUACAACCGUUUGUACGGGAUCAAGAAAAGAAGUGUUGGAAUUGACAGCAAAUUCUAUGUAAUUGAGAUGGGAAAAGAAGGUCACUCGUAUGAAACCUUAACGUUUAAAGGAUACAAAGUAAGGAAAACUAAAUUCUCAAGUGAUCAUAUGAUUGCAGAAAAAGAUGAUGACAUUGAAGAGGGGGAUCUUCCUGAACACAAGAGGCCUCCAGCACCAAUAGAUUUCUCCAAAAUUGAUCCAGGCAAGCCUGAAAGUAUCCUGAAGCUGACAAAAAAGGGGAAAACUUUGAUGAUGUUUGUCACGGUGUCAGGAAAUCCCACAGAAAAGGAGACGGAAGAAAUAACUAGCUUGUGGCAGGGCAGUCUCUUCAAUGCAAACUAUGAUGUGCAAAGGUUUAUUGUUGGCUCAAAUCGUGCCAUAUUUAUGCUGCGUGAUGGCGGUUAUGCCUGGGAGAUCAAAGACUUUCUGAUAAAUCAAGAAAGGUGUGCGGAUGUUACUCUGGAAGGUCAGGUUUAUCCUGGCAAAGGAGCAAAAGAAAGUGAGAAAGUGAAAAACAAAACAAAACCUGAAAAAGCAAAGAAGAAAAAAGAUGCAGACAAGAAAUCUAAUAGCGUCAAAGAGGACAACCGAGCAACCAAACAGAGAGAUGACCUAUGAUGGACACGUUAACCAGACUGAAUACUGCUCUGCUGUUCCUUGAAGGGAAGCUAAUUUUCUAUACAAUUCCUGGCUUUACUUGGGUGGGGAAGGAAAGAAGCAGAGGUUACUGAGAUUAAAAGACUUCUGUGUUGAAAUUCACCAGUUUACUUAUUCAUGUUGACCAUUUGCGUAGUUACAG